UUUGUGUUGACAGUUGUGCGAAACAUUUCACGCAGUUAAAUACGAAAAGAAAAUCGCAAUUAUCAGACAAAAUAUAAAAAUCAGAAAUAAAACAAAUUUAUAUAUUCAUCCACAACUAAAACAAAUUUGAAUACAAAAAAGAAAAAUACAAAAAAAAAAAAAAAACGUUGUGAAUUUUAUUUUAUUCCUGCUGCUGAUGAGUGGUUUAUAUUUUCGUGUUGUUCACAAAAAAUAUUUGUUGUUUUUAUAAAAAGAUUCAUCGAACAAUUUAGAACAUUCAGUUGAAAACAGACCGUGGUGAUCAAAACAAGUGUUAAAUAAAUUCCAAAAAAUUUUUUUAUAUAUUUAAAAUAAAUUUUGAAAAUUAAAAGAAAAACUUUUCUGUAAAAAUCCGAAAACAAACAAACAUGUCUUACAAAUCAAUUUUAUAUGUUUAUGGUGUAAUUGCGAUCACAUUAAUAUCGAUUCACUGCAUAACAGCCAACAUCAGUGAUAAUGAAGUCAAUGAUACUCCUGAAACCUAUAUGGUCCAAGGUGUCAAAGUCUAUCAAGGUGAUCGAGAAUGCGUUUUAGUAGGUGGUUUGUGUGUACACAGCAGCGAUUGUAAUGAACCCACCAGCAACAAAGGAUUGUGUCCCUCAAAUGCCCAUCGUGGCGUUGAAUGCUGUUAUGAAUUACCUGUAAGGCCAGCUCCCUGUAAAGAACAUUUGGGUCAAUGUAUGGAUCGUUGCCACAAAACUCUUAUAAGACCGGGUACAGAUUGUGAAAAUGGUCAAAAAUGCUGUGUUUUAAUUUAAGUCUA